AUUUCCGGUGUACACAGACCGGCCGUCGCGGUGCGGGAGGCGAGCGGGGGGCGCAGGAAGAUAAGUGGCUGCAGUAAGAGGGAGCAUAUUAAGAAAGGAGGAGGGUUCAUAAAAUGGAUGUUGGAAAAAGAAAUGACCUAGAGGCCUUAUAAAUACAUUGUGCAUUCUUGCUUCAGACUCUACAAUUGAGGGUAAACUCAAUCUGGAAGCACCAAUUUAUUAAUGUUACAACGGAAAUAACUACCUCAGCCAACAGAAGAGAAGGAGGUGGAGGCUUGCAAGAACAAACACUCCAGCUUUUAAUACUUGCAGAGCCUUCAGAAAACCCAAGUGGAAAAUUUAUUUUUCAGUAUUAAAAGGAAACACUACAAGUAAAUGGAUUUGACAGACAGGCUCUGUCGAAAGUGAAGAAAUUUGAUCUGCUGUCAUAAAGACUUGGUUUCAAGUGAAGACUGCACUGCGUUUUAUAAUCGCUGUUGAUCAGUGUAGCUUUUUGGUUUGGUUUUACUUUUUCUGAUCCAUUAAUUGAGGUUCUAUCUUAAGGUAUUAUUUUUCAAAGACGAUAGAGUUAUUUUGUCUGUCGGUUUAAAAUAAAGCACCGGGUGUCAAAAUAUGCUGCAGAGGGCAGAGUAAUUUUGAGUAAUAUCUUUCUCUACUCUCUAAUAAUAUAGGGAGGGGAGGCUACUAAACAGGUCCAUUUAGUGUAUUUUGGAGCCACAGUACUUGUGGGGUUUUUUUGGGGUUUUUUUUGUUUUUGAUUACAGUUUGUAAGUGCAGCAGGGCUGCACAAAAAACACUAAAUCAGCAAACCUUCUACCCCUCUCGCUCUUGAUACGGAUUCGACGAAAGCCUGGUUUUUGUUUUGUUUUGUUUUUUGAAAUGCCUUUUGUGAAGCCUGGGUUCACAGUCCUCCACCGCUACCACACAUAACUUCAGUUCCGAAGAGAGACUCGGCCGGCCGAUCGAUUCCGGGCGUUUGGGACAACUCCUCACCUAUGUAUUGCUGCAGCGCGCAGGAAAGUAAAAUGGACUACAAGCGGCGCUUUUUGCUUGGCGGGUCCAAGCAGAAAGUGCAGCAACACCAGCAGUAUCAGAUGCCCGAGUUAGGCAGGACUCUGAGCGCACCCCUGGCAUCGACUGCCGCGGCCUCGUCCCCGCUGAUUUCCUCAGCUGCUGCAGGCAGCUGCAACCAUCCUGUGCCCCAUACAACUCCAAUUGCAGACAUCCAGCAGGGUAUCUCAAAAUAUCUGGAUGCACUCAAUGUGUUUUGCCGGGCAAGUACUUUCCUCACCGAUCUUUUCAGUAGUGUAUUUAGGAACUCUCACUAUUCUAAGGCAGCUAUGCAACUGAAAGACGUGCAGGAACACGUCAUGGAAGCGGCGAGCCGACUCACGGCGGCAAUAAAGCCCGAAAUAGCCAAAAUGCUGAUGGAGUUGAGUGCCGGAGCAGCAAACUUUAAAGAUCAAAAGGAAUUCAGCCUCCAGGACAUCGAGGUGCUUGGAAGAUGUUUCCUGACUGUGAUGCAGGUCCACUUUCAGUUUUUAUCCCAGGCUUUACAGAAGGUUCAACCGGUGGCGCACUCUUGUUUUGCCGAAGCAGUAGCUCAUGAAAGGAAGAAUGUCAGUGGUGUGACUACUUCUUCCUUGAGCCCCACGACUGAGCUAGAAGAUGCAUUGCGGUCUUGGAGGGGAGCUGCAGAGGCAACAUGUAGGCUGAGAGAAAGAGGUUGCGAUGGCUGCUUGGCUGGAAUUGAAGUCCAGCAACUCUUCUGUUCACAAAGUGUGGCAAUUCCUGAACACCAGCUGAAAGAACUGAACGUGAAAAUUGACAGUGCUUUGCAAGCAUAUAAAAUAGCUUUGGAGAGUUUAGGCCACUGUGAAUAUGCAAUGAAGGCUGGUUUCCACUUGAAUCCAAAAGCUAUCGAAGCAAGUUUGCAGGGCUGUUGUAGUGAAGCUGAAGCCCAACAGACAGGAAGGAGACAAACUCCACCCCAGCCAAUUCAAUGUGAACUCCCUACAGUCCCCGUACAGAUCGGCUCACACUUUCUGAAAGGGAUAUCUUUUAAUGAAUCUGCCGCUGAAAACCUAAAGCUAAAAACGCACACAAUGCUACAGCUAAUUAAAGAAGCCGGCUGUCAUAAUGGGAUUACACCAAGGGAUGAUUCCCCCGUAACUGACAUAUUGAAUCAGGUUUGCCCUUCUACUUGGCGGGGUGCCUGCAAAACUGCCGUGCAGUUGCUGUUUGGCCAAGCUGGACUGGUGGUGGUUGAUACAGCACAAAUUGAAAAUAAAGAAGCAUAUGCUCCCCAAAUUAGUUUAGAAGGUUCCAGAAUUGUGGUUCAAGUUCCAUCUACUUGGUGUCUAAAGGAAGACCCUGCAACCAUGUCUUUACUGCAGAGAAGUCUUGAUCCAGAGAAAACUUUAGGACUGGUGGAUGUACUUUAUACAGCUGUUUUUGACAUAAACAGGUGGAAAGAAGGAAGAGAGCAAGCUCUGCCCUGUAUUCAGAUCCAACUUCAACGGGAAAUUGGUGAUUUUGGGAAUCCAGUUGACAUGCCAUCUGGAAAUGGAAACAAAUCGUCAGGCGGCCUGCAAAAGACUUUCUCGAAACUGACUUCACGUUUUACAAAGAAAACUUCUUGUACCAGUUCAAGCAACACUGCGAGUUACUCUAUCCCGAAUACACCAUCCAAAAAUGUCUUCGUAGCCAACAGCUCAGAGGAGAAAGCUAAAAUGCCCGGUAACCUGGACACAAGGUUACAAAGCAUUCUGAACAUUGGAAACUUCCCUCGGACUAUUGACUCAUCCCAGGCAGCCCAGAGCCCGGGUAAUCAGUUGGUGAAUGGCUUUCUCAUUGAAAGGCGUGAGAACUUCUUCAAAGGGGAGGAUAGCAAGGACGACAAAGGCAUGAAUUUACCAACUGACCAAGAAAUGCAGGAAGUUAUAGACUUUCUGUCUGGCUUUAACAUGGGCAAAUCGCAGCAAGCUUCCCCGUUGGUGAAAAGGCGGAACUCUGUGGCGUCUUCUUCAGCAGCUGAACAAAAAUCAGGAGCAGCGCAGCAGCAGCCGCCGCCGCCACAAUGUGUUUCUCAUACCUCUUUGCAUCCUUCUCAGCAAGGGUUGUCACAGCAACAGCAACCCCAGAAACCGCAGCAGCAACAGAUGCAGUAUUUCCAACAUCUCCUCCAGCCCAUUGGGCCUCAGCAACAGCAGGCCCGAGCGCCGGGAAAAUGGCUAAACAGUUCUUCCCAGCAGCCAGCGCAGGCGGUUGGGGCCGGAUUGCCUCCUCUUAGCCAGUGGAGUAGUCCCGGCCUUCCAGACCUCAGCUCUGAUUUGUACAGCUUGGGCCUCGUGAGCAGCUAUAUGGACAACAUGAUGUCAGAGAUGUUAGGACAGAAGCCCCAAGGACCUAGAAAUAAUACGUGGCCAAACCGGGACCAAAGCGAAGGAGUCUUUGGGAUGCUUGGAGAAAUUCUGCCAUUUGACCCUGCAGUUGGCUCUGACCCAGAAUUUGCCCGGUACGUGGCUGGGGUCAGCCAGGCUAUGCAACAGAAACGGCAAGCGCAGCAGGUCCGUCGCCCAAGCAACGCACGUAGCAACUGGCCUCUCCCCGAUGAUCCCCACCGAACCUGGCCUUUUCCUGACUAUUUCACAGAAGGUGAUGUCAUGAACACUAGCUGGUCAGGUACUCAGGGAGACUCUGCCAGCUCAAGUGAUGAGACGUCCUCUGCUAAUGGAGACAGUCUGUUUUCCAUGUUCUCAGGGCCAGACCUCGUUGCUGCUGUUAAGCAGAGAAGAAAACACAGUAGUGGCGAGCAGGAGACUGGCACGUUACCUUCCCCUCCGCUUCUUACCACGGUAGAUGACCUUAGUCAGCAGGAUAAUAAAACCAAAACCUGGCCUCCAAAGGCUCCCUGGCAGCAUUCUUCACCCCUCACCAACACACUGCCCAGUCAGAGUUCGUGUUUGUAUCAGAUGACCAAUCCGGUCAGCCAGUGGAAUGACACAAUGCAGAUUUUACAGUCACCAGUUUGGUCUACGGCCAGUGACUGUGCUCCGUCAACAGGGAUCUCCUCCACUUUUGCCUAUGCCCAGCAGCAACAACAGUCACAGCAGCAGGCUUCCCAGCACAAACCGAUGAACAAGGGCUUUAAAUCCUUUCCGGUAAAACACGAACGCAGACCAUCUUACCUGCAUCAGUACUAGUCGCGUUUCUCAGCUGAGUGAUGUAGGACAGGGCCAAACGGUCUCAGGAGUGGCGUACGAUAGCCGCGUCACGGUCGUUCUUGUUCAUCCAACUGAAUCCCGCUUGUUUCGUUGUGUAAAAAUGGAGUUAACAGCUACCUGGUAAUUCUGGGUAAAUUCUAGACUUUCUCCUUCUGUUCUGGAGUGUUGAGCAAACAGGGCCAAUAUGUUUGUUAGGUGCAGUCCAAACUGUGAUGUACAUUGAAAUGCUUUUAAGAUGUGUAUAUUACCUUUCCUUUCAAAACCUUUUUUUAAAAUCUUGCUAAAAGGACUACCCUACAAAACACUGUAUUUUAUAGCUAUUUUUUCAUAUAGAGCUAGAGUUAGAACAUCACCUCCCUAAAAGGCAUUGACUAUUUUUAAAACAACAAAUGUAAUGGUCUGGGUUUUGCUCAACAUUCAUCUUCUUAAAUUUAUAGCGGACAACUUGUACAAAUCUUUCUACUCCAAUGGAAACGGCCUGUGGCCGUUGGGUUUUGUUUUCCGGGGGUUUCUUUUUUUUCAUUGGAGUGAGAGGCAGCACUUUUGAGGUACCACACAAAUGAGUUGGAUCCAGCGCUAUUGCCAAACCAGCAUCCCCCACUGAAGUGAUGCAGCCUUCUGCCUCCUUGUAAAUACCGCUCGGCUGGAUACCUCCCAAGUGCAUUUUAAAUGUUUCUACUUUGGCUCCUGGAAAUAGGUCUCUCAAUUUGGAGAAGAGAUAAAGCUGACUUUUCAAAUAUACCAAUUUGCUAAUUUCUACAUUUGGCCAAAGGCAGUAGCCACAUAGUGCCCCUGAUUGGCGGGAAAGCAUAGCCGAAAGACUCCUUGGAUAUUUAAAUGUCUUAUUUCGGAUGCUAGUUAUGGUAAAAAUUGGUGAGCUGGCUCAAGAAAGGGGGUAGGAAUCAGUUGGAAGGAAUGCUUUUUUUUUUUUUAAGAAAGGAAGGUAAUUAAUUUUUUUCAGUCGAUGUGCCAUUUAAAGAAAUGCAGCCUGUGGAGUUAGAAAUAUUCUUCCAACCAAAGUGGAUCCAGGAAAGUGAAUGGUGCUUACAUUCAACUACAAUGGUAAAUAUAGAUGUAUAGUUAUCCCAUUGUAUAUUGAGGUUACAGAAGAUUCUUUAUAUAAAGCUUAUUUAAAUUUUCAUAUUCAUCUUUAAAAGAGUCUAAAAUCCACAAUAUUUUCUGGUAUAAAAGUUUUGACAGUAUUAAUCUUAUUUUUGUAUUUUCUUAAAUCAUUAUACCAUUUUAAUAUAUGUUAACUUCUAGUAAAGUGGGUUAUUAGUUUUAACUCCUUAUAAACUUUUUUUCAGCAAAAUGGUAAUAGCACAUUUGUUUCCAUUUUUCUACAGACAUAAACAGAUAUAUUUAAGGAUACCAAAAAACAAAAAAAAACAAAAAACAAAAACACUAAGAGAAAUACUUGGGGUGACUCAGCCCUCCCUCACUGCCCCCCUCCCCCCACCCCCGCUUAUGUGGUGCCAGAUUAAGUUGCAGGCCUGGAAGAUUCCCUUUUGUGCUGUUUGAGGAUGCCAAUGUUGCCUGUAUUUAUGAAUAUUGUCACCCAUGUUUUCCGAAACUCACACCAUGUUUACAGAGAAUUGUUUGCUGUACAUACUUUUUUCAGUAAUGUGCUUUGCACAAUCAGUGUCUGGCUUCCGUCUGUGUAAAUCGUCACCGUGUUCCGUAGUAACUUUAAUUCCGCUGAAAACGUUAGUGGCUCUUUUGCUUGACAGAUGGUUUUCAGUUUCCAAAAGUUGAUGUUAAUGAUGCCCUGAAACUGAAGUUCUGUUGCACUGAAAUUAUUAGCUAUUUACCGAUCCCCCUCAAAAAAACAACAAAAAAUCCACAAAAAAUUGUGUGUGUUAUUUUCAGUCUCGAUUAUCCUCCAACCUAAGUGCCAAUAUCCCAUCACCUUUCCAACGCAUUUGUGUUCGACUGAACCAUUUUCCAAAUUGGUUGAGUGAACGGUGGAAACUGGAUUAAACCACUUGUGUAAUAUGUCUGCAGUUGACCAUGUAGGUGCUUUGCUUCCACCUGUUCUGAACACUGGUAAUCUGAAGUGUUGCACUUGGCAAAUAAGUCUUGCCAGAAAAGUUGUUUGUCCUUUUACACUGCCAAGUGCAAGGGUUGGUUUGGUGCUUAGUUAACUCACCCUUAUUGCAGUGCUUCUUGUGAAUAGUUAAGUGCUUCUGAACUGGAACUGUACAUUUUGUAUUUUACUUAUAAAGCACCUGUAAGUAAAAUAAUUAUUGGCUUUAUUAAAGAUAUACAUUUAA